GGCACAGCCCGAGACUUAGAGCCCGGAGCCGGAGCUGUCGCGCCAGUCGCCUAGCAGGUCCUUCCCUCGCCGGUGUCUGUCCCGGAGCUCCGUCCGACAGGCACGCCGGCCUGCGAGCCGUCCCUGCCGCCCUCUCUUUUUCUUCCUCGACUCUUUUUCUUGUCCUUUCUGGUUCACUUGGCCAGGAGGUUGAAAAGAAAGGCUCCAGGGACUCUCUCCGAACCCCUUCUGCUUCUGCCCAGAGCAAGUGCCCCUGCCGCCAUGGGCCUCACCAUCUCCUCUCUCUUCUCCCGCCUCUUCGGCAAGAAGCAGAUGCGCAUUUUGAUGGUUGGAUUGGAUGCUGCUGGCAAGACGACCAUUCUGUAUAAACUGAAGUUAGGAGAGAUAGUCACCACCAUCCCUACCAUUGGUUUUAAUGUGGAAACAGUAGAAUAUAAGAACAUUUGUUUCACUGUAUGGGAUGUUGGUGGUCAAGAUAAAAUUAGGCCUCUCUGGAGGCAUUACUUCCAGAAUACCCAGGGUCUUAUUUUUGUGGUGGAUAGCAACGAUCGUGAAAGGAUCCAGGAAGGAGCAGAAGAGCUGCGGAAAAUUCUUCAGGAAGAUGAGCUUCAGGAUGCAGUACUGCUGCUGUUUGCAAACAAGCAGGAUUUGCCAAAUGCUAUGGCCAUCAGUGAAAUGACAGAUAAACUAGGGCUUCAGUCUCUUCGCAACAGAACAUGGUAUGUUCAAGCCACUUGUGCUACACAAGGAACUGGUCUGUAUGAAGGACUGGACUGGCUGUCAAAUGAACUUUCCAAACGUUAAGCUGGAUACUCUAACCACGGACAUGUUUGAUAGAAUUGGUCUAGGCUUGUUACAACAAAAUUAGUUUGCAUCUUGGUUAUUAAACAGUAUCUGGAACUGGUUUGGGCAGAAUAAUACAGCAUUUAAACUUACUUUGUUGCCAAUUAUUGUUUACCAAGUAUAAGGUUGCUAUUUAGCAAUAUGCUUGGAGUUUAAGAGAUUUUUCUUGGGAAAAAAAGUGUCCUCUUUUAAUUUUACUCCCUAAACCUAAAUGCCUGGACAUAGCUGUUGUGACACCUUUAAAGAAAUCUGUUUUGAAUGUUUCUUAAGCCCACAAUGAAUAAUGUUUUAAAGUUACCCCUUGUUACUUUAUUGAACCUUUAUCAUUCCUGGAACAGUCUGCUGAUUUAAAAAUGUAGCAUUCCAUUUGUAUUUAUUUCUAUCCCUUGCCAAAAAGAUUUUCUAAUACUGCUUGUACCAGCCAGGGAAAUGCUCCCAAAACACUAUUCAGCUCUCUUGCACUGAGGAACUAUUUUUUCCCCAUUAUUGACUCCUGGCUUCCGUCAGCCAAGCGUACCUUGGCAAGGUUUGGAUUUGAUCGAUACUUAGUUCUAUGCUGGUUGCAAAGAGUUCAUAGUGAGCUGGUUUUUUGAUAUUCAGCAGAUUGUCUUCCUUUCUAUUUUAUCUUUUUUAUGUUGCAUGUUGCUUUUGGUAUCAGCCUGACUCUUUGCCCAGUAUAUGAUAGUUCUGCUGAUGUUUUAUUGUUUAUUGGUGAACAUACUUUCAGUAAGAAUUUUUGGAAAAUUCAUCAGAUUCAAUGAAUACGUUUUCUUCAUAACCCAUUUGGAAUUAUUCCUAAUAAAAUGAUAAAAUAGA